CGAUCGCUCCCGAGGCAAUGACUGUUUUCCAGUCCGCCGCCCUGCCGUCUGUCGUCCACAAAGCCUUCUACACACUGCAGAUCGUGCUGCUGCGCACCCCUUUCUACGUGGGGUUGACUCUCCCCAUGGCAUCUCUCCUGGCGCCGCUGCUCUGCCUGGCACGCAUGUCGUCCGACAAUGAGGUCGUGGCCAUCCGCGCAUCGGCCAUACGCAUGACCCGCUUCCUCACCGUCGCGGCUCAUCUCUUCCUCGCCUGCACUCUGCUGCACUACGCCUGGGCUGAGCUCCUCGCUCCCUUCACCAACUACCGUGCAUCUCGCAUGGUCAGGGCCAUGCGCUCUGCUCGCUCACCCCACCACCUGCACCAGCUGCUCUCCGUUUCAGGGCGUCAACAGCAGCACAAGGCAAACAUGCGCCAUCCCAUCGUCUUCCCCAGCUUCAGCAAGAGCGGGGAUCUACGCUCUCUCUUCUACAGCAGGCGAUGGCAUGUGAAUUCUCAAGGGCAUGCGGAUUCUCAAGGGCGAGAGGAUUCGCAUGAGCAACAACAGAGUACACAAGAAGCAUCGCUAGCAUCACUGCCACCCGUUGGUGAGCGUGCGAAGGUGCAAAGGCAGGCAAAUGCUCAAGAGUCCGCGAAUGCUCAAGAGUCCGCGAAUGCUCAAGGGCAAGCGGGUUUGCUUGAGCAACAACAGAGUGCACAAGAAGCAGCAGCGACCCGGAAUACGGAGAGGGGGGAUGUGGGGAGGGGUGGGGACGGUAGAGGGGAGCAGCAGGGGAGUAGGAGGCUGCAGCGAGGCAGGGGUGGUGUGGGAAGGGCGCAUGGUGGGAGGCAUGGCAGCAAGGGCAGAGGUAGACUGUAUCAGCCUUGGGAGAGAACAACGGGCAGUAGGCCAGAGGCAAGGCGGCAGCAGCAGCAGCAGCAGCAGCAGCAGCAGCAGCAGCAGCAGCAGCGAGGAGCGGUUGGGAGAGAGCAGGACACAGCAGCUGAGGGGCCUGUGACAGCAGCAACGGGCUCUGCUCAAGCAACAGACCUGGCAGAGGCGGACGGCAGUCGCAGUUUGGACGACAUGCCGCUGCGGCAGGUGGUGCAGUUGCAGCAGCUGUACCGAAGUUGGGACGACAUGCCUCUGCUGCAGGUGGUGCGACUCCAGCAGCUGUAUGGCCGGUGCUGCAAUGAGUGGGAGGCCACGAGAAUACUGGUGAAGAUUCACCAACGGGUGGCUCUGCCAUGUGCCACCUUCCUCUUUGCCUUCCUUGGAGCUCUCUUCGCCGCCCAGCUGCAGAUCAGAAAGCGGCAGGUUGGCUUCGCUCUUGCGGUGUUUGUCAUAUUCACCUACUACUCUCUCUCUGUCACCGGCGUCCUUCUUGCCCAG